UGCGGACUAAUUUGACGUUACGCCGGCGUGGUGUGCCUCAUUAUCGGCGGCGCGAUGAGGGCUCCCGGCGGAGUCACGCCUGAUCAGCGCGCUCAAUCACAUUCAUAUGGUUUGAAUUGAGCAACUUUGGCAGUUGCGUCACAUGACUCCGUCGGUGCGCCCAAUACGAACUGAAAGUCUCUCAUAGCAGGUCUGAGCUUCAGCGGAGUGCACACCUCAGGGCUUCGCCUGGUUCUUCCGCACCAUGGACGGCGCUGAAGUAGCAUCGUGCUCUGUCCGGCAACCUGCCGUACAUCCGGAACAUUUCCCAGCGAUGAAGAUGCAGUUUGUGCGGAGAGACCACAGGGUAAAGAUUAACGUGGGCGGAACGCUAUUUGUGACGUCCCGGAAAAUCUUUGACCGUUUCCCGGACAGUCUGCUCGGAAGCGAUGAGAAAGACUACUUCUACAACGCGGAGACCGACGAGUACGUGUUCGACAGGGACCCGGAUAUAUUCAGGUACAUCCUGACGUACUAUCGCACCGGGCACCUGCACUACCCCGAGAACGAGUCCGUGAAGGACUACGAUAACGAGCUGAUCUUUUUCCGCCUCAUGGCAGAGGAUAUCGUCGGCGCGUGUUGUCGGGAGACGUACAUGGAGAAAAAGGAAGCCCUGGAGCAAAUAGAGUCCGAGGUGGCGACCGGUACAGGCAGCAAGGAGGCGUCAACCCUCUCCACGGUGCGUGCGAGGCUGUGGAGUAUUCUGGACGACCCGUUGUCAGGAAUAGUCGCCCAGGUAGCGUUUUACGUGACAGGAAGCAUGAUCGUUGCCUCCAUUGUGGCGAACGUUGUGGAGACAAUUUGGUGCCGUAAUUUUGGCGGACAGGACGAGUGGCUGCGCUGCGGAGAUAGGUACAGAAUUACAUUUUCAGUGGUGGAAAUUACCUGCGUUACGUACUUUACAAUCGAGUAUUCCCUGCGACUGUUCGCAGCGCCAAAUAGACGAGAGUAUGUGAAGAGUCCUUUAAGCGUGAUUGACUUGGUGUCUAUUGUGCCGUUCUAUAUCGCUUUAUGCAUCCCUGAGAACAAAGAGUUGAACGGUGUGUUUGUCACCCUCCGCGUCUUCCGCGUUUUCCGCAUCUUCAAACUGUCGCGCUCGUCCUCCGGCAUGCAGAUGCUGGGACAGACGCUGAAGGCGUGCAUGCGCGACCUCGGCUUCCUGCUCUUCGCGCUGGCCAUGACCGUGGUCAUCUUCGCCACCAUGAUGUACUACUGUGAGCGGGGCCGGCCCGAGUCCAACUUCACUAGCAUUCCUGCCGGCUUCUGGUACAUCAUCGUCACCAUGACGACGCUCGGGUACGGUGACAUGGUGCCCAACACCAUCGUAGGCAUGCUGGUGACGGCGUUCUGCUGCCUCAGCAGUGUGGUCCUCCUCACGCUGCCGGUCACCGUCAUCGUCUCCAACUUCAACGCCAUCUACCGGCCGGAGAAGGUCUUCAAGGGCGACAAGGCGCUGCUGACCGGCGGGGUGGAGAGCCCGGAGAGGGAGCGGUUCGACCGCCAACACCAACACCUUAUAGACUGCCUGAGGAACACUACCAGACCCGGGUUUUACCUGACGCGACGCCGCCAGGGGAGCCGCGACCUACAUCGCUCGGACGCGUCCUCAUCAACUCCCGCUUCCUUCCAAGAGCUCUCCGUAGAGACCAUACUCGAUUACGAUGAAACAAGUUCUUAAAGUCGGUGGGACGCUUUUUAUCUUGUACAAUUAAAACUUUAAAUUGUAAAAAAUAGACAUGGUAAGUGCAUGCAUGGUUAUCACGGGGAGGUUUUUAGGAUCAAGAAGCCAGAACAGUUACAGACAAUCUGACCCUAUACUAUUACAGAGCUCAUCUAUAAUACAUGAAGUUGUAUCGAGAUGAUGGACAGCAUUAACGCUGAUUUAUGCAUCAUUUGCGGUUCCGCCACAGCGAUUGAAAUAUCAAACCGAUCAAUCAGAACAUUGCAUGCGUGUUAAUAUCAUACAAAUAAGAACACCAAAGGCCGUAUCUUUCAAUUGGCAACAAUUUAUCAAGAUAAGAACGGUAAGACAGAAGUUAGAAGCACGUAUGACGCAUGGGAAACCCCUUCAGCACCAAGGACGUGAACAGUUUUUUUUACUAAUCUGACUCUUGUAUAUCUAAUACCUCAUAUCAGCUCUCAUGAUAGAUAGCAUUCACCGUGACUAUUUGAAACAAAUUAUAUAAUGUUACAUUCAAUACAUUGAAAUGCGUAUGUCAAUAAAUAUGUCUGCCCAAUUUGUGUGCGGAAAUGGCGUGCUGUUCCCUAAUGAGCGGAACCAAUAUCUUCUCGCAUUAAAGGGCGUGUGUUCAA